GUGUGAUACAGAACACGUGAUUUUCUGUGAAGAUUCCUGUAAAAUCCCAAGGUCUUCCCUUUCAUGACAUUUGCAUAGUUUUCACUAUUUGGUCCUUACGAAUUUGGAGGUAGUGGCAACAAAACCACGUAGCCUUCAUUUAAAGGAAAUGGUACCGGAAUGUGAUUUUACAACGCCUUGACAUCUAAUAGAAUACUCUCAAAAUAAGAAAAGUUUACUACAAAAAGAAAAUUUCAAUUUCCUAUUAGAACUAAUAUUUAUACUAAUAUGUUUAGCAGAUUUAGUGUCAAAUGCCAAAGUGCUACGGUUACAUUUCUGAUCAACUACACUUUACUGCGCACAACAUGGUUUAUCGAUACGCUGUGCAAACAACACUAUCUAUGUCAGUACCGAAGGUUAUAGACCAGUUAUGAAAUUAAUCCGAUCAGCUGUAAAACAGAGGCGAGUAAAGGCCCAACAGAAAUUAGCGUUACAUUAUCUGCGUCGACAUGCGCUGCUUUUUUAUUUUUUGGCAACAUAUUCUCCGGUACGCCAUUUGGUUUCAGCCCAUCGAUUCAUUUUGAAUUGGCUAGUUUCACGCACGAUGGUGAUCGGCACAAAAAGUGGAUUAGUUGUUACGUGUCGGGACUUUAACAAGAUUACAAAAAUGAAAACCGAUCUCUGGCCAGGACAACAUGGAGAACCGCGUUUUUCUACCAGUUAUAUACGUCCGAGGGACAUUCUACCAAGUUGGCUACGAUGUGGGACACACUUUUAAAAGCAUGAUAGAAGAACUGGUUCAAGAAUCAAAAUUCUUGAACGAUGAGCUUCUUCCAGCCUACAACACAGAAGCUGGUCAGAAAAUCUACAAUGACACCUUAGCUUUGAUGAAACAGAAAUUUCCUUACUAUGUAAACGAGUUGCAAGGAAUUUCUGAUGGAAGUCAAGUGCCCUUCUUUAAGUUGAUGCUGUUGCAUAUCGACAGCAUGAUAUUAGAUGGCUCGUCAUCGGGAUCACAACUCUCCGGCAACGGAUGCUCGAGCAUCAUGUGCAAUCAUGAAAACGUAGUUUUGGGGCAUACCGAAGAUGCCUUUCCAGCUGCCCAUAAUCAUUUGUACGUGGUUCACGCUGAUAUUACUGAAAAAUGUGGUCGUCGGGAGCGGUUCUCUUCCCUCUGUUAUGCAGGGCAUUUACCUGGCUUCUGCAUGAAUGUUAACGAGCACGGUCUCGUUUACACCAUCAACAUUAUCGAACCUGUUCACGUUUAUAAUAACAAAACACCACGUCAUUUUCUCACGAGGGCAAUGCUCAGCGCCCGGAAUUUAGUUGACGCUCAGGCCAUUCUGCGUGAUAGAGGAACUGGAUCAGCUCACGGUUUCUGUGUCAACAUGUCUUUUAUGAACCAGGAAGGGCUCAUUCUUUUUCACAGUGCUGAGGUAGGACCCGCAGAAAAUAACGAGUCACAAUUAUCCAUUUUAACUGUCUCUCCGGGUGAAAGCCAUGCUCGUUGCAACAAGUAUCUCCGCUUGAAGAUCGAUGAGGAUGCAAAUGGUUUGGCCGUGCUUAGUAGCGAUGGUCGGCACCGCGUGAUGGAAAGAAUUGGAUUGCCUACUACCAUCGAUGAAGUCGUUGACCUGCUUUCAAACGACGAAGAUCAAGAUUAUCCAAUUUUCCGUCGUGGAACGGAAAAGGAUAUCGUUUUAACUAUUGCAACCGGAAUUUUUGAUUUCAACCGCAGAGAAUGGAGGCUUUAUGCAGACAAUGCUAAGAAUACCAAACCUACAGCGAUAUUCCCAAUGAACAUGUAGAAUCACUUGAAUGUUACGUGGUGACAGGUGACACUUGUAGGCCCACUUCCCCAUAUUCACAUACCAGUUUUGUAGAAACUAACGAAGGUUUCAAUGAGCUUCUUAAUACAAGGAAAUAUUAAAGUC